CUUUCUACUACUUCUUUAGCCAUUUUUCGUUUCUUUAAAAAGAUGUAUUGAGGGCAUGGUGUUGACCUUGACUUACCUGCUGUGUGGUUCCUUUACGAGACUGAUAAACAAGCAACUCGCACUAUCCACGGCGUUUCCAAGGCCUAAUGCUACUUAGUUUUCACAAUAUAUCAGAUUUGUUAAUUCUUUGUAUGCUGCAUCACUCUUGUCACUACUGCUCUUCCUCUUAUUCGACCUCAACCGAAAGCACCUAAGCUUUGAAACGAGCCACGCGUGAAAUUUCCGUCGAAUCGGGCUUCAAGCAUUUUUCUCUCACAAAAGAACAUCCGUGGUACCUUCUUCGAGCCCUAUGUCCUCUAUCGUCUGCAGGCCCUAGAGCGAGAGUGAUAGAAUCGAUAUUAGUUGAUUGAGGUUCACCUGAGUGGCAUUCCACGGAUUGGCGGGUGGCAUUCUGCUUGCGCGAGCGAUGGAAAAGCGAACAUUUGUCUAUGCUCUCAGAAAGACGUCCAGUAAGGUUGAAGAGUUUCAGAUGCUUGGAACUUGGUUGUAUAGAGUGGUAAGUUUAGUGAAACAGGUAACCUGACGCGAACACGUCCUCUCAAUCGCAACAGACAUAACUUGGAAACGCCGUCCUAAUAGCACAAUUCACAUAUCUACUACAUCAUCCCUCAAAUCGAAUACUCUAAUAUUCUUGCAUAAAAGUCUGCUAUUACUCCCAUCGCGCAUUCCGUUUUCUUACCCAUCGGUAUAAAUCUGGGAAUAGUUUCAGUUCCUAAAUGGCUGCCUACAUACCCUGUAGAAGUGGCUGACAAGAGCCAGUGGAUACUAAUUUGCGAACACGAUGAUAUGAUACAGCCAGGCUGCAGUAUUUCUCAUGAAUCGAUCCCAAUGCAGCUUAAUUCGCAUGCAGUGAUAGAAUUGGGUUGGUUUGCGACGUGGUAUAAAGCAGGCGACAUCCCCAACUUCACCGCUUCAAUUACGGAACAUCUCCAGUAACUUCACCCACCAACAACGACAAUGGUUUUUAACAUCAGCUCUGUCCCCGACUUUGACGGCCUUCCUGAGGUUAAAGGCAUGCCUAAGGGCUGUGCCUGGGGUGUUUUUGAUCGUGACGGGAAGAAAGAUCAGGUUGGAACGCUGAACUUCCUGACUCCCGAUGUUGUUCGAAAUGCCGCUCUCGAGGUCAAAGAUGGAGUCUCCAUAUCUCUAAACUGGCCGCUCAAUGCCAUGAACAAGCUUAACAUCCCAGGGCGAUUAGCCGCUCAGCACAAGAUCCUCUACAUACCCGAGAGCAUGGCAGCGCUUCCUUUUGAACAGGGCAAAUCAUGGGACGAUGAAUUAUCCUUCAACACGCAGUGUAGCAGUCAAUGGGACAGUCUGUGUCAUUUCCAGCACCAGCAUUCUGGUUUGGCAUACAACGGUGCAAAUCCUGAUAAAGAAGCCUUGUCAAUUGACUCAACCGAGUCCAACAAUAUGCCAACCCUGGACCAUUGGCACUCCCGAGGCUGCAUUGCCGGUCGAGGCGUGUUGAUCGACUACGCUUCUUAUGCUGAGGAAAAAGGCAUAGAGUUCCACGCCUUUGAUGGGAACCGCAUCACGGUUGAAGACCUCGAGGCUUGCGCAGCAUAUCAAAAGGUCGACUUCCAACCAGGCGACAUCCUGAUUGUCAGAACAGGCGCAACCGAAGUAGUCGAUAACAUGAACCCUGCCGAUCUGGGUAAAAUGGCCGCUGCGAAACUCACAGGUCUUCACGGCUGUGAAGAAACGGCUCGGUGGUUGUGGAACAAGCGGUUUGCUGCUGCGGCGUCAGACUCGAAUAGUUUCGAAGCGUAUCCCCCAUUGAAACCUGAUGGUUCUAUCGGUGGAAUGAAAGAUCUCGUGCUUCAUAUGUAUUGUUUGAACAUGUUUGGUAUGUCGAUCGGCGAGUUGUGGGACCUGAAGGAGUUGGCGAGGUAUUGUAAGGAGAAGAAGAGGUACUCGUUCAUGAUUACUUCGACUCCUUUGAAUCAGCCUGGAUUGAUUGGAUCGCCUCCGAAUGCUUUGGCUAUUUUCUAGGAGGGUAGUGGUUAUGAGACGCAUUGGGGGGUUGAAGGUACAGAGGCGCAAAACGCUCAUCCUUUGUACAGAACACACGUUCGAUACCAAAGAGACUGGGUGACUUUUCAUUAUACAAUUGGUAUCAGAAAUCCUCAACAAACGUGGGUUACUGUAGUACCUUAGGUAUGUAGGCAAUUACUCAAAAGUACCGGCCCUGAUGCUUUUCA